GAAAGCAUUCUCCGAUUUAUCACGAAACCCGCCUCGCCGUUGAUCUAGAUUUCUCAUUUUUCGCGAAACUGUCUGGUAUUUCCCGUUCAUUCGAGGAUCGCAGGUAUUACGCAGUUAGUACAGGCGACCAGCGAGGCGCUGCCAUGCCUGUUUCGACCGGUUUCCGAAGAAAGAGAAAGUACAAUCAAAGUGGAACUCUGAUCUUCCGGGGCACAGGAAAAAAGGGACCAUCGAACAACCCCGAGGAGUCCAGAUCUUAUCUGUGGAAGCAAAUCUUUAACGGUGCACGUACGCGUUAUCAGUAUGCCUUAGCUGGAUUCCCCUUCGACCCCUCUCGCUGGCAAACCCAAAAACAGCGGGAACCGGGAAACGUAGUGCUAAACAUGCCUUGCCAGACUGCAGUUCCACUUUGCAAAUCUCUCAUUCUGAGCUCAGUUACUGCGAAAUGGGGAUUUAGAUUCUGGAUAGGUGCACGGCAAACGAUCAACAUCGUUGGACCAAUUUUAUGGCGCCAUUGAGACCGUCACCCUUCCCGGGAUUUUCCAAUGACACGCCAAAGCGUAUACGCGUUCUGCGCAUGCUCGUCUCAGUCAGCUGAUCGGGAAGAAUCGGGAAGUGUGACUGUGACGAAGGUGACGACGAGUGAUGGUGUUCGUCGUCCAACGUCCAACGUUCAACGUUCAGUACUCGGCUAGCGAGCCUUUCCCUCCGACGCGUGAACUCUCCGACAAGGUCGCUGUUCAUUAAGGCGCGAGCGAAGUACUUCCCCUGAUACUCGAUAAAGGGAUUCUCUUGUCAGUUUUUAACCGUCGUUCAUUGUAUCCACCGUUCCACGAUACAAAUAUAACAG